AUGGACCCCAUGGAUCUGGCCGUCCAGGAAGAGUUGGAACGUCGCCUGGCGAAGGCACGCUAUUGUCGAUCGGUGUUGACGGACCAAAACCAGGCCAGCACAGCGCCUCGCAUGACCUUUGUGAAACGACGCAUGGUCCUGGAGAUUGACAAUCGGUCUGAAGAGAACAUGAUCUUGGACGGAGACUUUUUCGACAGCGGCAGCUGGUGCGGUGCCAAAGUGGCAUGCCUCGAAACGGGGAAAGUCAGCCGCUUGGAGUUCGCCAGUGACGAAGUCUUCCGCGGCCUUACUGGGCUGAUGUGGUUUGUGAGCGAGAAGAGUUUGGACACCUAUUUCAGCCUGGUGUUUUCUAACCCGCUGACCACUUCAGCCACCUUCAACGCUUGGGCUGGACCACCUCCUGCAGAAUUGCUGCAAGAGAUGUGGACAGCACCAGCAGUGCCUGCCAAGGGGGUCCAGGUUCCAAAUGGCCAGGGCUGCGCUUGGAAUGUGCUCGAGCAUGGCUCCGUGGUCCACAUUCGCGUGAUCAUCCUGGAAGAGUUGGCGCCAAUGAACCCAGCGGCAUAUCCACCACGAGAGGAUGGGGCUACGACUCCGGCAUCCCCAAGCUCCCCACAAGCAGCUACGGCAGCUACGGCAGCUGCCGCGGAGGAUUCCAAGGCCGCCACGGACACGCAUUCCACAGCGAUGGUCCUGGCGAAGAGCGAGUCCGAGGAGCUCUUGGCCUCCAAUGGCAUGGAUAAAUUCCUGAGCUCCACGAGACCACGAGACGUCUUGGAUGGCGUUGGCAGCGGUCUGAAGCUUGCUGGUGCUGGUGUGGUAGCUGGUACUGCAGCACUUAUCGCCGCUCCCGUCAUUGCAGCAAAGGAGGAUGGUGUCACAGGUUUCUUCAAAGGUUUAGCCACCGGUGUUUGCGGCGCCGUCGGCUUGACUCUCGGAGGAGUCGUGGCCGGUGCCACCCAAGUUGCUAGAGGUAUCUACAACACUCCUGAGGCUCUGCAGAUGGCUGCCACUGCUAGGAAGCGUUGGGAUGCAGAGCAGGGGCUGUGGGUCGAUGACUUCUGCAACCUCCGUGAGGAUUGGGCCAAGGCCGAAACCAUGGAGCACGAAUCCUCCGACGAUGAAGGUGGGGAUGAUGCCCGACCCAGCAGGAAGGUGGCAGAUACCUCCUUUUACGACAUCUUGGAGGUGAAGCCCAAUGCCACUGCCUCUGAGAUCAAGAAAAACUACUACAAAGUGGCUCUGAAAUUGCACCCUGAUAAGAAUCAGAAUGAUCCUGAGGCCAGCAGAAAGUUUCAGAAGUUGGCCCAGGCAUAUCAGGUGUUGAGUGAUCCCAAGUUGAGGGAGAAGUAUGACCAGAAUGGAGUUGAUGCCAUUAGCGACCAGGCCCUGCCGAAUAUCGAUCCAGGGCUCUUUUUCGGCAUGCUCUUUGGAGCCGAGCAGUUUGAGAAGUACAUUGGCAAACUCUACUUGGCCAUGCAGUCCGAUCACAUAGCAAAGGACCUGCAGAGGGACUUCGAGAGACAUCAAGCAGGACAGGAAUCAGGGCGAGAUGUGAUUGGCCAGUCCAUUGAGCGUGAGAUGAAAUGGGGUGACAAGAAGAUUCGGCGACAGCAGUUCCAUCGAGAAGUGACUUGCGCUGUGCAACUGGUCUCUAGGUUGGACAGAUGGGUCAUGGGUCGCAACCAAGAUGGAUGGACUACAGGUGUCCUGCAGGAGACCGCGGAGUUGGCCCAGGUCUCCUUCGGAGGUCGUUUGUUGCGCACCAUCGGCUGGGUCUAUGAAUGCUCCGCUGAUCAGUUCAUCGCCAGUUGCUGGGGCAAUUUCACCGUGGAUGGCCAACUCCAGAGUUGGAAGGAUGGAAUGCACUCCACGGAGGUGAAGAUCAAAGCAAUGUCCUCCGUGGCCAAGAGCGGCUUAGCAGUGAAGGAGAUGACAGAUGCAGCGGGCAGCGGUAUGUCAGAUGAGGAUCAGGCUAAAAGAGAUGCUGCAGCCAGGCAAGCUCUGACCUCUCUCGAAGGUUCACUGCCGGUGUUCCUCCAGGCCAUUUGGGAUAUUUCCCAAAUGGAUAUUGAGAGCACUGUCUACAAGGUGUGCGACCGGGCCCUGAAAGACAUCAGUGUGCCCUGGCAGAUCCGUUACAGAAGAGCCAUUGCUCUGAAGCGACUCGGUCAAAUCUUCCGUGACGCGGGGCAGGUGGAGCUCAAGGAUCUGAACAACGCCCAGAUCGCCAAGCAGCAGCUGGAAGAGGCUCUCUACAGCGCCAUCCGCGAGAGGGUUGAGUCCGAUGCGGGAAUUGCUGAGGUGGUGGGCAUCGUGAUUGUGAAUAGUGAUGGGGCACCGAUCCGCACCACCUUGGACAAGAAGCAAACGGAGCAAUAUGCGGAGUUAGUGUCACAGUUGGCUGCCAAGGCGCGGAGCGUCGUCCGUGACCUGGACCCUAUGAAUGACCUCACCUUCUUGCGCAUCAGGUCCAAGAAGCAUGAGAUCAUGGUGGCACCCGACCGGGAGUACAUUCUCAUUGUGAUCCAGGACCCCAACGCAGAUCAGGGAACCUGA